AACGUCCUUGUAACACGCAGUUCUAGAAUAGAACAUAAUAGUAUUCCCUUCAAAUAAAAAUUAGUGCGUCCAAAUUUUUCUUCGACUAAAUCUUCUAGAUUUAAUAUUCGAUCGCCGUUGCUUGUAACGAUAAUAAUCGCGUUAUUAAUUUAAAUAUUGGUGCAAAUACAUCGAGAUAUACGGUAUAAAAACUCGUGAGAAGAAACUUCAUUGCAACGCAAAGAAAAUUGAUACUCUUUGAAGUGAAGAAAAGCGAGUGAUUUUCAUCUCGAAAAUUUUAUCGCUUAAAAUUUUAUAUCCGGAUUCAGUGAUCGAUGAAUCAACUGUGCGGUUAAUCUCUUUCUAUCUUCACCGAUUUUAAAUAUAUAUAUAUAUAUCGUAGUUGCAACAAGUAGAAAAUGAAGAAGACGAGAAGUUUUCAAAUGUUUGCAACGUUCCUUUUAUUGGUGUUCUUCGUAUCGCCAUCUUCCACUUGGGCUCUUACGACUUUCGGCAAAACCAACCCUCAAACCUCGAAUCAAAAUUCUCAUCCAUCGCCUACGCCAGUUGGGAGAGCACGGGAAUGUAAGUUGGAGUCUGAUUGCGCUGGAAUUCAAAAUACGACAUGUAUAGCGGAUUCUCGAGACGGAAGGACGCGUUGCCUUUGCGGAGAUUAUUCCGCGCCUCUUAACGGCGCGUGUAUUAACAAAUUCAAAGCGUUACAUUUUUCAUGUAACAAUGAUUCUGAAUGCACAAGCGGGGCACAUUGCGUACAAUUAAACGUUACCUUGGGAAAACGUUGCUAUUGUCAAGAAGGAUAUUAUGAAGAAAGUCCCUUACUUUGCAGUGGUGGUACAUCUGUUCUUGCAUUUCACACGCUAUAUCUCUUAAUUAGUUUAAUUAUUGUAAAACAUAAUUUUAGUUUCAUAUAAGUAUCAUUUACAAUUGAAAUAUAUUAUUUUAAAUGAAUGUAAAAAAAUUGUAUUAACUUUAAAAUUAUGUAUAGUCAAUUUUUAAAUUUUCAAAAAAUCACCAAAAAAAUAUGAUAUUGUACAAAAAAGAAAAAUAUAUGUUUGGUAUAUUUUACGCGAGGAUACGUAUUUUAAUUAUCACUCAGAAGAAAGCUAAAAUGCUCAAGUUAUGCGCAAAAAAUAUUUAUAAUUCGAUAACUUUUCAUAUUUUUUAUAUCUCUUAUAUCUAAAUUCUAAUCAAUUGCCCGAACAUAUCUAUAAUCUAAUUUGUCUAAUCUUUUCAAACUUGCAAUUUUUUUUAUUUCAAAUAAUAUGAUUUCUUUUGUACGAUAUAAAUAAUUACAACUUAUACUGUUUUAUAUGAUAAAAAAACUAUAAAAAAAGAAACUAAAAAUUAGUACAUUUGUUCUAGAUACUUUUGAAUUAUAUAUUUUAUUCUACAGCGAAGAAUUUAAUGUACUGUCAAAUUGUCUAUUCCGAAAUUGACAUAAUAAAAAUGUUAAUACCUCGUAAUUCAUAUAUGAAUAUAAAUAUAUAACGAAAUUUUUACGAAUAAUUUUCUCUUAAAACAAUAGGUUCUUACAAAAUAUUUCCAUACACUUGUAAUUUUAAUCUGUAAUCUAUAUUAUACAUCUUAUUAUUGAUUCUUGUGUUUCUAAAUAUUUAUAUGAAUUAUAAUAUAUAUUUACGACUUUACAAUAAGCAAUAGAUUGUUAGUAUUAUAUAGGUUAUUAUAAAAGAAUAGAAAAUUCACAAAACAUCUGUUUUAGAUCUGUUUUAGAACAAUAUUCCUAAGAAUUUUAAAAUCUAUAUUCCAAAUUUUGUCGACCAAUUUUCAAUUAUAAUAAAAAAAUAAUAAUUUAAAAAAUUAAUAAAAUUUUAUGAAAUAUUAAAAUAUGUAUAUUAUAAUUCUUUAAUACAAUUUCAUUUGAACUGGAAAUCAUAUUAGAAACUUUUAUAAUGUUUCUAUGAUAUAAUUAUAUCAUAGUUGUCAAUUAUUUUUUUCUUUUUAAUUUUCUCUUCUUUUGUUUAUCAAUAUUUCUAACUCUUGAAAUUAUAAAAUAUAUGUGAAAUUUUAAUAUUAUUUCGAUUUCGAUACUAUUACAUCACAGUUUUAUCGAGUAGAAUAAAACAUGUACGAUUAUGAAUUUUUAAUUUGGCAAGCUUUAUAAAAUAAUCUAUUCGUUUAACAAAUAUAUACAUAUAUAGCAUAGUGUAACUAGAUAUACAAUACAUAUAUAUAUAUAUAUAUAAAGUUUGAACAUGCCAAUAAAUGCCUUAAAUAUCAACAAUUAUUAUAUGAAAUAAACUAUAAUAAUAAUUUAUGUUAAUGAGAAUUUUUUUAAAAUACGAUUUAACAACAACAUUUAUUUCGAUUAUAAUGCAUAGUAUUUUAUAAUAUUUGUAAAUUAACUUAUUUUUAUUUUUGAAUUAUACUGUAUGUAAACGUAUUAUUAAUAUAUACAAAUAUAUUAUGCACGAAUAAACUUUUCUGUAUUCUAAAUACAUGUACUAUAUAGUUAUUAUAUAUUAUAUACAUUUCUUAAUAUUAAUUAUAGAUUAUGCAAGUCAAUUAUUAAAAGGAAAAUAAAUAGAAAACUUCAUACAUAUAUUUUAUUAAUCGAAUCUUUUAUUAUUUCUUUUGUAGAACUAAUUGCGUUACAGUGUUUCCACUUUGUCCAGCAAAAAUAAAUGUAUCUGCGGGAAGCACGUGUAAGAUAUCAAAAUCUAAAAUAUUAUAAAUUAUAUUAGCUAUUGUUAAUGUUAUAACAAAUAUUAUUAUAUAAUAAAAAA